UAUCAAAACCCCUUCAACCAAAUCUUAUCUAAAUCCCCCAAAAUUUUACGAAAACUCUCGAUUUUAAUCUAAAUCUCCUUCCUUAUCACCUCACAAAUUUCUCGUGUUUUUUUGUAAUCAAUUUUUGAUGGAAAAUUAUUCCCAAAACUCGAAUCUCUGUUGAUCGUGUGUUUCUUGGGGUUCGUCUGAUUCCUUCAAAGUUUUCAUCUUUUUGAUAACAAAACCGUUAGUUCUUUGUCCUCGUGUGUGAUCAUCUCUUGAGCCCUAUUGAUAAACCAUAUAGAGAGUGUAUGUGUGUGUAUAUCUUUGUUUAUUGAGUGACACCAACAACAAAAAGAUUAUUUUCCUUGAGAUUGAUUAAAAGAAAACAUGGUUAGUUGCUUGUGUUUUCGUCCCAGUCGGAAAACGAAGCUCAAAGACAAAUCUCAUAAGAGAUCCAUACGUAACCAGACAUCCUCCUCUUCUGCCCAACCAGCUGGAACAGCAAAAGAAGUAGAUUCGUCAAGUUCACAAACCGUAGUGCAAGAUUCUUCUAGAUACAGAUGUCAGAUUUUCUCAUACAGAGAACUCGCCAUCGCGACUAACAGCUUCAGGAAUGAAUCUUUGAUCGGAAGAGGUGGAUUUGGAACUGUGUAUAAAGGAAGGCUAAGCACUGGACAGAACAUAGCUGUUAAAAUGCUUGAUCAGUCUGGUAUUCAAGGAGACAAAGAGUUUCUUGUGGAAGUCCUAAUGCUCUCGCUCUUGCACCACCGAAACCUAGUGCAUUUGUUCGGUUAUUGUGCUGAAGGCGAUCAAAGACUCGUUGUCUAUGAAUACAUGCCUCUUGGAUCUGUAGAAGAUCAUCUCUACGAUCUUAGCGAGGGUCAAGAGGCUUUAGAUUGGAAGACAAGGAUGAAGAUAGCUCUAGGAGCGGCUAAAGGGUUAGCGUUUCUUCACAACGAAGCACAACCUCCUGUGAUAUACAGAGAUUUGAAAACUUCAAACAUAUUGUUGGAUCAUGACUAUAAACCUAAGCUCUCAGAUUUUGGACUUGCAAAGUUUGGUCCAAGUGAUGAUAUGUCUCAUGUCUCUACUAGAGUUAUGGGAACUCAUGGGUAUUGUGCACCAGAGUACGCGAACACCGGGAAGUUGACGCUGAAAUCUGAUAUUUAUAGCUUUGGAGUUGUGCUGCUGGAGCUUAUCAGUGGACGCAAAGCUCUUAUGCCCUCAUCCGAAUGCGUUGGUAAUCAAAGUCGCUAUCUUGUGCAUUGGGCACGACCGUUGUUCUUGAAUGGCAGAAUAAGGCAGAUUGUAGAUCCAAGGUUAGCAAGAAAAGGCGGUUUUUCGAAUAUACUUCUUUAUAGAGGUAUUGAAGUGGCCUUUCUGUGCCUAGCAGAAGAAGCAAACGCUAGACCAUCGAUCAGCCAAGUCGUGGAGUGUCUUAAGUAUAUCAUUGAUCACACAAUUAGGAAGGAAAGGAGAACUAGGCGUAGACUACUAGGAGGAAAUAAGGAUGGGGCGGGGACAUCGAGGUCACCGGAUGAGACAAUGAUGAGGAUGUUAGAAGAAGAAGAAGAAUACGUAACUAGUGAAGAAGCUAUUGAGAGAAGGAGGGUAAUCGUGGAUGAUGCUCGUACUUGGGCCGGUAUGAAUAGGAGAGGGGCUACGCCACCAACUCCGACUCCAUGAAAGUGAAGUAAAUUUUUAUUAACUUGUUUUUCAAGUUAUAUUUGGUUAAGUUUGUUUGGUGAGACUAUUGUUAGAAACCAAAUUUUGUUAAAACAUUUAAACAUGGCAAUUUAGUUAAUACUAGA